CGCAACGUUGUUGUAAGUUGUUCGUAGGAUGGUGGAUGUCAGUUUCGAAACUGUUUUAACUCAGCUGAAUCGGCCGUUUUUAGCUAUUUAAUUUAGCAUAAGUGACAAGACAAAGGAUAAAUUUGAUCAUCAUGAUGGACCUUUUGUUCUGAAAAGCAUUUUAGGACACAUUUGCCUUAAUUCACGGAUUACAAAAAAAACCAACAUGGCGGUUUAUAGAACGUGCCUGCGUUGUGCACUGCAAGGAUUACUCCUUUUUGUAAACUUUGCUGUUCCAAUGGGUGAGUAGUAAGCAUAGAAAUAUUUUUCUUUCUGUAACUGAUCUUUAGCUAUAUUUAAAAGGUAAAUUUUAAAAUAUUUUCGCGUCCAGAUCGUGUUUCCUCACAACCGAAUUAGAAACGCAAAUAUCGAUCGAUGCUUUAUUGUAAACGAUCGCAGGUUUAUCAAUGUCAAAAAAUAUGUGAUCUGCUGUAUUUUUCACUCUUAUGUUAUCAAAGCAGUAUGAAGGGUUAUUAGAACAAAGAUAUGUUCUAUUAAUAGUCUCGUAGCCUUUACGAGUUGUUCAUGACUAAUAUUAGAUCAUUCUCUGCGCACGUAGUACGUCACGUGAGAGGCAACCUAAGCUGUUUACAAACCCGUUUGAAUACAAUAUCAAGUGUUCGUCGGGAGAAGUUAAUACGUGUUUAUAUUAUUUAUUCACGGACUUGUUUCGACUUUUUGUCGCCACAAAUAAGUCGACCUCAUUACCAAUUCAUGAACGACAUAAUCGAGCAAUUUUCAUUUGAUAAGAACAACUUGGAAUCUUUGCCAAUUUACAUGCAAACUACGAAGAAAACAACCACAGUUCUUUUAGCGGAUUUUUUCAUUUGCAUGUUUGAACCAGACCCUAUUUAUGACAAACUUGUACACUGGAAAUGCAGUGGGUGUAAAUGCUAUUUUUCCAAGUCAUUUUACCUGAUAUUUUUGGCAAGCACUUUUAAACUAUAUGUUUAAGAGUUUAACAAUCAUUUGAGCUCUCAGAGAAAUCUUUAGAACUCUAAUAAAUCGCUUACAGACGAUAUUGUGUAGGUAAGUGUCAAAUGAAUAAUUUCUAGUGAAGUUACAUUAUUUUCAUCGUUAUCACGGAUUAAUGUUAUUUCAACCACUACAACAACAACAAAAACAAUUUGUUUUUUAUUUACAUUUAAGUUAUAAAAAUUAUUUAAAAAAGUAAGGAAGGGAAGAAAUGAUGGAUAAAUUAAUUUAUCAUGUUCUAAUAUUUCAAGAAGAGAGAGUAGAGCCAUUUAGAGCUAUGUUUUCUUGUUUAUUUGUAACGAACUGUAGAAUUGUAAUGAACGAAUCUGAGAAUUCAAUGAAAUCCUUGCUGUUAUCUGAUUGCAUAAGUAAAUUAACGAUCAACGAUUUGCUUAAAGGUUCAUCAUUUUAGUGUUUUAGUGGCCUGCAAGAAGGUUCUUAGUAUAGACGCUUUCACACGAGCAAUACUUCGCCAGAGAGAAGGUAUGAGAUAGAGCGGAGAGAGGUUAAUUCUAACCUCUCUCGCCUUGAGCAACGCGAGUCGGCGAGAGGUGUGCAAGGGGUCUGGCACUAAUCACUUGAUUAGUUCCAGACUCCCGGCAAACCUCUCCCCCGAUCCGUCUCAAAUCUUCCUGAAAGCGGGGAAACGAGCGUCUUGCAGCGCGAGCAAUGAGGGCUUGUGGGAAAGGCUUAGUAGCUAAUUAACUUAUCUGGUUUGCAGGACUAACCCUAGACGUGAAUCUGACACGUCAGGAAAUCACAACCUGUAUUGGUGAACCAGUAAACCUUGGUUGCUAUGUCAACCAAAUGAGCUCAGUGCAUUUGACAUUUUCUUGGACGAAAGAUAAUCUGACUGUCUCACAAUCCUCAAACACACGAGUCUAUAGAAACGUGCUGGUGGUAACUCCUGAGGAUGAUGCAGACUUUGGAACGUAUGAGUGUCACGUUAGUGAUAACAUGACAGUAACGAAAUGCAGUAUUUCACUGACUGCGGGGUGUAACAACAGAAGUAAGUGAUGUUCCUAGUAAAUAGUUUGUAAAGUUGAUGGUGAAAUGCACGAAAGUGGGUCAUAUAUCAAUGUUUAAUAUUUUCAUCAAGUGUAAAGUGGCUUUUGAGACAGACGCUUUUUCUGCGUUUUUUUGGCCUGAUGUUAGGAAAACGUACACGAAUUGCAAAUCAUAAUGAGGAGACGCAGGCCUAUCAAAGGUUAUGCAACACAACGUUCCUGGCUAAGGCUGGAACCCAGAUCACCGCGUCACCUAGAGUUUCACUGCUGACCGUGUUUUACUAACUUACUGACAAAGCUAACGCUCGAAACAUCAGCUUUAGAAACUCUUCAUGGUGGCCAAUUUACAUUAUCAACUCAGUUGAUAAAACCAGAUUUUCUCGUAAUGACCCUUCCCCCCCCCCCCACCCUUCCAUUCCACAGUUUCCUUAGAAACUAAACCCGCCAUUGAUUCGUGUUCAGCUAAACUUUGGCAAUUUUCCGACUUGUGGGUACUUGUGGGUAGCUUGUGAGCAAUUUCCAUUUUUCAUCUUCCUUGAACAAAAAAGGAAUUUAAAGGUUAUAUUCCGUGCUAUUCACUGCAUGAUCGUCAUAAAGCUGGUUUUCGUUUUUGAUCUUGCGCUUUUGUGUUGUCAUGUUUUAGACCAUGUGGAGGAAAACAGUGCUGGCUGUGGUAUUAUUGCCGUUCUCAUGCCGGUUUUAGCAGUGACUGUCGUUUCUAUUCUACUGAAUGCUCAUUUUCUAAUUCGUUGGAAGCGAAGAGAUGAAUGGGCGUUGUCUGAAGAGGCGAUCAUGCAGCUUCAACUAUCCCAACAGUCUGUACCAGUUGAAGAGAAAAGUGAAGAACACGUUGAAGUAAAGAAAAAGAAGCCUUUCCGCGAGCGAUUUAGGAAACACUGUCCUACUGAACACUCUGAAAAUAACCAACAUAUUGAAGAAAAAGACAAAAACCAUACGGACAUUCUUUGCGAAAAAGAUACACAGGAGAAAAACAGACAAGAAACCAUUGAAAUGCAGGAAAUUCAUGACAUUCCGAGCGUGGCAGACAUCAGAGCUGCCGACGAAACAAACGUUGAGACUGCGCAUACUCCUUCAAAUCUAAACCUCAUCCCAGUUGAUAUGGAUAAUACGCCAAGGAUCGCAGAUUUCUUUGUUUCUGGUGACGAAACAAACGAUGAGACUGCGCCUGUCCUGUCAGAUCCUAACCGCAUCCCAAUUGAUGCAGAGGAGACACCAAGGUUUGCAGAUUUCUUCGUCCCGGGUGACGAAACAGAUGGCGAUGCUAGUGGACGAGAGAGUCUUGACUCUGAAAUGCCACUUGUUAGUCAUUACAUGGAGAGGAUGGAUUUUGAAGAGAAAGAAGACGCCGACGAUGAACCAGUUGUGAAAUGAUAAAACCGGUUUGGGUGCAUGUUAGGCAGAGUAUAUGAAUCAUGCGACGAUCGUUUAAACAAACACAGCGGUCAAACGUCUGCGCAUGUUUGAGUGUUAAAACCGCAAAGAGACGCCGUCACACAUCAUAUAACUGAUUCAAAAAUUAGGAAUAAACAACGCCGGUGAUUUGAGCGUGCACAAUCUUUAGUCAACCUCAAAUUAAAAUGAUAAAUGAUAAACCAUCUAAUGAUAAUACCCCACUAAUGUUAGUAUUAAGUUUAAACGUUAGCGUGAGAAUUUGAUGUAUUUUUUCAUAACUCUUGCGUGACAUCGGUUGCUUAAUAUUUUUUCCUUUUUAAAAAAGUUUUGCGCGGGAAAAUGGCACGCGACUGGCUCAAAUUGCCCCACUUGCGCAUGCCCGACGUUAAACCGCUGUAUGAUUUGAAAACAAAAUUCAUCUGAAAGGAGCUACGAAACGACACCAUUAACAAUAGCCUUUGAAUAGAAAGACACCUUACAAUAACGGUUUGGUUGGGUGAAAAAAAACUAGAGAGGUGAGAAAAGAACGAAAAAACUCAGGAUAACUAAGGAUGGGAGAGAUUUUCACAGAACGUAAAUGAAGACCUUGAAAUAUUUUAGAUAAGUUUUUUGUUUUGUUUUGUUUUGUUUGUUUGUUUUUUGACAUAAUCAAACCGUUACGUUUCUCUUUUAAAGUAUGGGGUUCGUCUGAACAAUCCUUCGAAAUAUUCAGGUCUGAAAAUGGUAUUUGAUUUUUUUAAAAUCUUAUGAAGCCAUGUCACCUUUAUUCGGUCACUGUACGUUUUUAAAUAGGUAUUUUGUGAGUUUAAGAGGUUUUGCCUUGUACCCUUUACACUCUGUCGGUUCCAUCUCCCCGGCUCCCUAUUAGAGUUUCCCAAGGUAAGAUAAGGGGUGUCCCUCUACAGAAGAGUUCAUGCAAUACCCUUCCUAAAUUUUGUUCGCCAGAUAACUUUUAAGGACGGAGAGGCCUUUUAUAUGAACUUUCAUAUCGUGUAAUUUCGCACUCUUCAUAAAUUUGUACGUGAUCCAAUAUUUUGCGCAGAUGCAGGAAUACACAUUCCUCCACCAUAAUUUCUAGCGAAAUCGUUUUGGCAGACUAUGUAAAACUUAAUCAAUGAAAAAAUCUUUCAUAUCCAUGAAGUAGAAGAAAAAUAUGCAUAGCUAUUUAAUUUUGUACAAGAAUUUUGUAAAAGAAUAAUAUAUACAUGAC